GAAGCAAUCGCAUAUCAGCAAGAGCAGCCACUAACAGAAAUAUGGCUAACCAUCAAUCUCUGUUAGACAAGCCUAAAAAAUCUCUUUCCAAAACCAUCUGUUUAAUCCUUUCCAUAGCUACUGUCAUAAGCUUAUCCUUUGUCGGUUCUUAUCUCAUCAAACCUACCUCCUUCUUCAAUCAAUCCUCCCUUCAUCAUGUCUGUGAACAUGCACUUGAUACAAAAUCAUGCUUUGCACAUGUCUCACAAGUAGCACAAGGUCAAGUUAUGACUGCUACAAAAGAUCACAAAUUCCAAUUAUUGCAGACCUUUCUAAUGAAAUCCACCUCACACAUUCAGAGAGCUAUGGACAUGGCCGAUUCUAUCAAACAAAGAAUCAACAGUCCUAGGGAGGAAGCAGCUCUGCGAGAGUGUGCAGAGCUGAUGGACUUGUCCAUUAAUAGAGUUUGGGAUUCAAUGGUUGCUCUAGCCAAACAAACCAUUGAGUCGCAACAAGAUGCACACACAUGGCUAAGUAGUGUGCUCACUAACCAUGCAACUUGCUUGGAUGGAUUAGAAGGGUCAGCUAAGGCCCUUAUGGAAGCUGAACUUGAGGACUUGAUAUCUAGAUCAAGAACCUCUUUGGCCUUGCUUGUUGCUGUCUUGCCUCCAAAACAUGAACAAAUAAUUCACGAGCCACUAAACGGAGACUUUCCCUCGUGGGUGACCGGCAAGGAUCGGAGGUUGUUGGAGUCUUCGGUUAAGGAUAUCAAAGCCAAUGUUGUGGUGGCUAAGGAUGGAAGUGGCAGGUUUAAGACAGUGGCUGAGGCUGUGGCAUCCGCACCCGACAAUGGUAAAACGAGGUAUGUUAUUUAUGUGAAAAAGGGAACAUAUAAAGAGAAUGUUGAAAUUGGUAGUAAGAAGAAGAACGUGAUGCUGGUGGGGGAUGGUAAGGAUGCAACAGUAAUUACCGGAAGCUUGAAUUUCAUAGAUGGAACAAGCACAUUCAAGACUGCCACCGUUGCUGCUGUGGGAGAUGGAUUUAUAGCCCAAGACAUAUGGUUCCAAAACGCAGCAGGUCCUGAGAAGCAUCAAGCAGUGGCUCUUCGUGUAGGCGCUGACCAAUCUGUCAUAAAUCGUUGCCGCAUUGAUGCAUAUCAAGACACACUCUACGCUCACUCCAACAGACAAUUCUACAGAGACUCCUUCAUCACAGGUACAAUUGACUUCAUCUUUGGAAACGCAGCUGUUGUGUUCCAAAAAUGCAACUUGGUGGCCAGAAAGCCCAUGAGUAACCAGAAAAACAUGGUGACGGCCCAAGGACGAGAGGAUCCAAACCAAAACACAGGAACUUCAAUUCAACAAUGUACCCUAACACCAAGCUCGGAUCUUAAGCCUGUUGUGGGCUCCUUCAAAACUUAUUUGGGCCGUCCGUGGAAGAAGUACUCCAGAACCGUUGUUAUGCAAUCGACCUUGGACAGUCACAUUGACCCAGCAGGAUGGGCAGAAUGGGAUGCACAAAGUAAGGACUUUUUGCAAACAUUGUAUUAUGGAGAAUACAUGAAUAGUGGAGCAGGUGGUGGUACAAGCAAGAGAGUGAAUUGGCCUGGUUACCAUAUCAUCAAAACUGCAGCAGAAGCAAGCAAAUUCACUGUGACACAACUCAUCCAAGGCAAUGUUUGGUUGAAGAACACUGGGGUCAACUUCAUUGAAGGCCUCUAAUCUAAAUAUGUAUCUGAUGCGGCUGCCUUUUUGCCUUUCACAAAUAAAAUCGAAAAUCUUUGCUAUGUGGUAGUGGAGGUUUCGACUUGUUUGUUCGUCGGAACUAGGAAGUUUCUAUAGCCUUGUAGCCUGCGGGGUUUAUGUAACGCAUCAUAUCAUAUAUAUGUAAAAUAAAUUAACUUCUUGUGCCUUCCCAAGUGCUUCUGUGUUUUCCUGAAAUAUUAU